AUGUUGAUUAAAGGGCACCUUUUGAGGUUUUAUGUCGAUUUGGAUUCAAUUCUUGCGGAUGACUGUAAUUUGGAAACUCUACGUCUAGUGCCCAAUGUGAUUCAGCAUUUUUCAAUACAGGUUGGGGGUUUCGACCUCGUAGAUGAUGAAAGUAAACCAGAAAGGCGUCCUACCAAGCAUAUGCCCAAGCCAGCUGAAUGGACAAAUGAGUUCAAUCCUACAUACUCUUACUACGCUUAUUACUGCUAUGCAAACUUGUAUACUCUCAAUAAGCGUGGCUUAAAUGUAUUGCUUUCUACAGAUGACCCUCUGCAAAUUCAUUUAACAAAGAAGCCUCUUGUGGAAGAAUACAGGGUUGCAGCAAAGUGCGAAGUAGUUUCUGCGCAUCUAGAUAGUGGAAGAUCAGUUGACGAACAAGGUGUUGAAGAUGUCUUUGAGCUUCUUUAUGAAUUAAAUGAAAGAGUCAAGACUGGGAUAUGCGUAACCACAAUGUUUUAUUUGGACCGGCCUAUGUACCUGCUGGGAUAUCUAGCCAAUCCAAGUAGGGUGUAUCUCAUUGACAAAGAGUUCAAUGUUAUGGGAUAUACAUUACUUCUUAGCUUGAUCGAGUAUAAGACACUUGUGAUGUGUGGUGACCUAGAACAGGCAAAUGAGGUUUUAUCCUCAAUUCCUAAGGAACAGCAUAAUAGGUCAAUCAGAAAGCUUCAGAAUCUUUGGCUGAUCCAGAAGAGUAUCCUAAUUUGUUUGAGGACUAGCAAGUCGCACUUGCAGUCGAAUCAAAAGUUGCAUAGACAAGCUGGUUUUUGCUGCUGUGUUGCUGAGCUGAAAGCUGCAAUGAAUAGCCAGAAUAGGAGCUAUGCUACAAGUGGAUUUGUUCCUCCUGCUUCAGGUCCUUUGUAG